UCUUUUUAUAACCCCACUCCAUCAUCACCACCUCAUCUUCCUCUCAUUUCGUCGAACACCUUACUUUCCUUUCUCUUGGUCGCCGCAGGCCGCAGCCAUGAUCGCUUCCCCUUCCUCGUCUUCCUCCUCGUCGUCAAAGACGAAGAAGGCGAUGAAGAAGCCUGGCCUCGGGGAUCAAGAAGAGACCAAGUGGCGCACCGCCGCGCAGCAGAGGAUCUACAGCCGACGCCUCAUCGACGCCCUCCGCGCCACCGCUCCUUCCGGGCCGCAGGCCGUCAAGGAGGCCGCAGAUUCCGCCCUUGCCCUUACCGCCCGCGGUCAGUCCCGAUGGAGCCGCGCUAUCCUGCUCAGCCGCCGCCGGCCAAGCUGCAAGUUCCUCCUCAAAGCCCGCCGCGGGCGCAUGCAGCCGAAGCCGCCUCCGCCCGUUCUGAAGCUAGGCGCGCCGGCCUCCCCCGAGGGGAAGAAGGUGAGCGAACGCUUGCGGUUGCUCGGCCGACUGGUGCCCGGGUGCCGGAAGCUAUCGGCGCCGAGUCUGCUGGAGGAGGCGGCCGACUACAUGGUGGCGCUGGAGAUGCAGGUGAAGACGAUGAGGGCGCUCGCGGACGCGCUCUCCGGUGCCUCGCUCAACGCGGCUGAGCAUGCGGUGUCUGAUGAAUAAUUAAGUGUAUGUAUGUGAUCGACGGAUUUUGGAAAGAUUGCUGUGGGCAUUUUGUGCAUAUUGUAAAAUCUGAAUACUUGUACAUGCUCUCACUGAACUGCUGCUGAACUAGCAUCCCUAAAUCCUAAUUCCUUUAUCUUUGAUUGAAAUUUUGUGUUAAGAUUUUAAUUCGA